GGCCGGGCUGCGGGGGCGCUGCUGAGCCGCGCCGGGCGGAGCCGAGCCGAGCCGAGCCCAGCCCAACCGAGCUGAGCUCAGCCGAGCCGAGCUCAGCGGAGCCGGGCCCGCCAUGGCCAUCGCGCACAUCGCCACUGAGUACGUGUUCUCCGACUUCUUGCUGAAGGAGCCGCCGGAGACGCGGUACAAGGGGCUGCGGCUGGAGCUGGCGCUGGACAAGAUCGUCACUUGCAUCGUCGUGGGGCUGCCGCUGCUCCUCAUCUCCCUCGCUUUCGCCCAGGAGGUCUCCAUCGGUGCUCAGAUUAGCUGUUUUGCACCCAGCUCCUUCUCCUGGCGACAGGCUGCUUACGUGGAGUCCUACUGCUGGGCGGCUGUGCAGCAGAAGCAACCAUCCCAGAGCAACUUAGAAAAUAUUCCCCUGUGGCUGCAUAAAUUCUUCCCAUACAUCCUUCUGCUCGUCGCUAUCCUGCUGUAUCUACCAUGUUUGUUCUGGCGCUUCACUGCAGCACCUCACCUUUCUUCAGACCUGAAAUUUAUUAUGGAAGAACUUGACAAAGCCUAUAACAGGGCAAUCAAAGCUGCUAAUAGCAUCCGCAGUGGAGACCCCAAGGACCCUACUGACCUGGUUCCAGCUGUUAAUGAGAACUUCACACAGAGUUUGUGGGAAAUAUCUGAAAGCUACUUUAAAUACCCAAUUGUGGAGCAGUACCUGAAGACAAAGAAGAAUUCCAAAUGCCUAAUAAUGAAAUACAUUAUCUGCCGUUUAGUCACUCUAGUAAUUAUUUUCAUUGCAUGCCUCUACCUGGGCUACUACAUUAGCCUCUCAUCUUUGAGUGAUGAGUUUCUCUGCACUAUCAAAACUGGGAUCUUAAAGAAUGACACAACUGUUCCAGAAGUGGUUCAGUGCAAGCUUAUUGCUGUUGGUGUCUUCAAGGUACUCAGCUAUAUUAACCUGCUGGUCUAUCUUCUAGUGAUGCCGCCAGUAGUGUAUGCAAUGUUUGUUCCGUGGAGAUGGAAUUCAGGUAUUCUCAAAGUGUAUGAAAUCCUGCCAACUUUUGAUGUUCUGAAACUCAAGUCAAAGUGUUUUGAUGACUUAAGCCUUUACCUCCUCUUUCUUGAGGAAAACGUGAGUGAACUUAAAUCAUUUAAAUGCCUCAAAGUGCUGGAGAAUAUUGCAGCUUCUGAGAAGUUUGAUGUCAUGCAACUUUUGGUUAACCUUGGUACUAUUAAGACAGAUACUGUGGAUGGGAAGCCAGGGACAGCUGUGUUGAAGAAACCUGUAGAAACAACUACAGAAGACCCGGAAAAUAACGCAACAGAGCUACAAGUUUUGACAGACCAUGAUGCAAGUGGCAGUGCGAGUCAGGGAGAAGAUAAAAAACUUCGCCAAAGACUUAUAGAUUCUUCAUGCUGAUGCUUCCCUGCUGCAGCAGACAGGAGCUUCAUACUGCAGCAGGGCUUCUCCUCUGCCUUCACUGAGGUCAACGCAAGGUGCUGCUCUUCAAAUGCAACUAUCUCAAUAGCCUGACAAUUCUGCAGAGGCCAAACUGGUUUACAGACUACUUGUAUUAUCAUCAGCGAUCAUGUACCUGAAAAAGCUUGUUGUAGACUUUCAUUAUUUAUUAACAAAAAAAAACCCACAAGGAACAGCAAGAACAAAACAUUUCUAUCGUGAGUAACACAUGCCAUGCAUUGGAUGCAAUCAAAGCUGGCAGCAGCAAAGAGCUAGCACUAUACUAUACAGGGAUGGGAAACAUAACCCAUGGGUAACAUAAAGAGAUGGCCAUGUUGCAUUCUGAAGUGUUGCUCUGCUGGGAGCGGCCAUCUCAGUUCUGGGGUUUAAGUGAGGCAUCUUGGCAUUCUCCCCUGGAGGAGUGUGUUGGGGUGGGUGGGUGUUGGUUUUUUUAAUGAGUCUGGUUAAUCUGUAUCAGGUCGUGGCUGGCCACUGAUAUUGGCUGUGUCUUCACAGGAAAGAUAUGUUCAGCCUGAUGUGUCUUGGUUAGACAUCUCAACAUUGAUGUCUGGGGUUAAUUACUUGGCACUAGUGGAACAGAAACUACAAACAGGCUUAGUAUAAGGGGGUACUGUAAAUGUUAAGGAAUUUGGAUUUUCUAUGUAUUCAUAAAUUAAUAAUGUCUUAACACUUCUUUUUACAAAAUGUAAUGAUAUGUAAGCUAAAUGUUAGUUUAAUUUUUAUUUCUCAACUGUUUUGGUCUUGGACUAACAAAUCCGCCUUGGAGUUUGGACUGAAAAUCAGUGACGUUUUUGUAAUAGUUUGUAGAAGUUGUAUUGUAGUGUUUGCAUGUGUGGCAUUUGUUUCAAGAUGUUUGUAGCAUCAAAUGCAAUAUUAGUUGCACUGUUUUCUAAACCCCACUUGAGAAGACAGUCUUAUUUGUAUUACAGUAGCACCUGAGUGCCUCGGCAGAGCCAAGCACCGAAUAGCCAAAGUGAGGUAGAUAUAAACACCGUGAAAGGUUGUUCCCCUCACACACCCCGUGACAUAGUUUUAAUUAAAGAUAAGAUGCUGAAGUGGAUUAGAACCAACAAAAGAAAGGGGAGCAUUUGUAAAUUGGAAAACUGUCCUGGUUUGUUAUUGGACUGUUGUGGGAGAGUAGCAUUCAGCUUUAAUGUCGUCCCUCCUGCCCAGGAGCUCUACCUUCAACGAACAUUAAAAUGACCUUUGUCUUGACUUUCAGAUAGAAGGUGAGGUGGGUGGGGGUUUAAGCACCCCAAUGGCAGUGUGUAUCUUUCACAAACAUUAUAUGCUCACUUGUUUUUCCAUAUUGUCAAUAUAACUGAAAUGUUUUGCUUGUCACCUCUUCUAAGUUGUCUUUUUAGACAAAGUAGGGCCUCUGUGAUAGGUAGGUAGGACUUCCAUUUUCCUAUUCUUCUGUGUCACCCACUGUUGUGUUCUUGACUGUUAGCAUUCUCCAUAUGGCUGAGGAUGAGGGGGGAAAAAAGAAGUCAUUGGUGUUACCAUCUUUGCACAGAACUGUUUAUGUGCUGCAGCAGAUUUCAAAGAGAUAGUGCACCUACUUGAAUUUGUCACGUGUUGUUAAACAAGUGGAUCCCGAAGUGCUGCCAUACUAUACUUUGGGCUAGUAUUACAAGAACUCUUCAGUUAUUACAUGGCUUUCAGCUAAGACAAGCCUUAUUUAAAAGAAAGUCUUUAAAGCCAUAGUAUUAUGCUACCUCUGCAUAGGACAGUAGCACAGCUGCAGUCCUAACAUCUGUUGCGUUACCAGCAAGAAACAGGGUUUGUGUUGGAUACUGGUGAUCCAAACGGCUCAAUUUUACUGCCAAACUUCUCCCAGCAAACCUACAACCCCUCUGACCUUUUCUAGAUUGUUUCUGUCUGGCUGUGAUGAUGUGUUGCUGAUGGCCCUUUAUCUGUGGGUACUGCAGAUGCACUUUGUGCAUUGUGUUUCGAACAAGGAGCUAUAGUGCAAUACUAAGAUUUUGUGAUGUGGAUGUGUUUGAACUGUUUGAUGUAAGUAGAGUUCCCAGUCUUUAAAACUCAAAGUUCCUGAAAGCAACACGUUCAUGUUUCAUGUUGGAUCUGAACCCAACUUUUUACUAAUUCCCCUUCUGUAUUUAAAAAUAUGACCUGAUGCAGUAAAUGUCUCGUAUUCUAAAGUGCUCAACAAAAUAUGUAUCAAUUCUUCUUAGUUAUUUAAAUAAAAUCAAUUUUGUGAACUACGGCAGCGUAAGUGACUGAAGGUUCUAGGAGCAGUUGCAUGUCGCCAUCUGAAAAUCUGUAGUGCAAUACAUGAGGUUUGGUGCUAAACCCUGAGGAAACUUUUUGGAAAGUAGUUAAAAUUGUGCUCUUUUAACUUUUGUUAAUUGUGUUUCUUUUAUUUUUUUAUCAUAAAAUCGUAACAGGAACAUGAAUUAGUUAAAAAAAAUCUAUUUAAUCUUUAAAAACUGUUGAGAAAACAUCAGCACAUGAUAAAUGGCCUAUUUUGUGAGUCACUAUCUAAAAAUUGGCCACAGUCUCAGCACGUUUGAGCUCUUCAGCUGUAUCUUGCUGUUUUAAGAUGUGUUUCUGCAACUGCCCAGCUCAGUUCUACUUAUAUUUUAGUGGCCCUGCUCCUGAUGUAUUUUGCCAUUUUCAAAAGAUGGGUUAAAUUCUAAUUUAAGGAAGAGAGUUCAUCUUCAGCCUCUUCAUCACUACACUCACUCUAGAAAAAGCUACAUCCACCUGUCUUUUUUCAAAUACCACAGAAAGUAAAAUGGCAAUGUUAAGAUUCAGGUUUAGCCCAUGCCUUACUUUGUCUGACCCUUCUCUCUCCAUCACUUGAGUGUUUGUAGUUGUCCAAAUGCAGGAGAGUUGCAGCUGGCUCCUCUGCAUGCUCUUUGCCUUCUAACACUGUUCAAUGGCUCUUACCUACCUUGUGAGAUUUAAAACUUGUGAUAUAAACUGCAUUACACAGAGAGAGUAAAAAUAUUCCAGUAGAAGAUGGGCUGACUCUAAAAGCAGCUGUACCCCACUGCUUUUCCUCCUCUGGAUGUUGUCAGUCCCUUUCAGAAUAAAGAGUAUAUUUUA